AUGACUUCUGCUGUCGGGAACUCUGCAGAUUCGAGCAGCAAUAGAUCAGCUCCGAUCAAUGUGUCACUAGACCAAGCAAGGGCAAUUCUGGAACGCGCAACGGGGCAAGAUGUAGAAAUAACAAGCCUGAAAGAAUUGAAAUCGUAUGGCUAUAGUUUACCAAACAAAGUCUACGAAAUACAGUCAACGUCCGGCGACCCCGCCGCCCCAUCGACCUACAUCCUAACGGUCACAUCCCAAGACACCCCCUCCGAGACCGAAUACCGCCCCAACACCCUCCUUUCCUCCGCCCACCUGCACUCCCUCAUCUCCUCCAAGUCCUGCCUCCCCCUCCUGCCCCUCCUCACGACCGACACCACCCUCACCCUCGUCCCCUUCGCCUACACACUCUCCCCCGCACCCGCGGGCACCCCCCUCUCCGCCGCCCGCGCCCUCCUUUCUGCGCGCCAAAACGCGCUCGUCGACCUCCGCCUCGGGCAGUACCUCGCCCAACUCCACGCGCUCGAGAACGACUGGUUCGGCGUCCCCACGGACACAGGCGCGGACCCGCGCGAGCCGAGCUACAGCUGGCAGGAGUCAUUCACACUCUUCCUCGAGGAGGUGCUCUGGGAGGCGGAGCGGCGCGGCGCGGUGCUGCCGUACGGCGACAUCCGCGGGUGGCUCAGCCGCGCGAUUGGGUACUACCUGUUCGACGACGUCGAGGUGCCGAAGCUCGUGUGGUUCACGGGCGGGGAGGACGAGGUGCUCGUGGAGGUGCCCGAGAAGGAGGAGGAGGAACCGCGCAUCAGGGCGUUUCUGAAUAUCGCGCACGCGUUCUGGGGCGACCCGCUGCUCGAGUCGUUGUUCCAGGAACCGUCGAAGGCGCUGAUGGAGGGGUACGGCGGGCCGCUCGUACAGUUUCCGAGACAGAAUACGAAGAGGCUAUGGUAUACGCUUUUCUGGGGGCUCGUGGUAAUGCGAGAAGCGGAAGGAGGGGAGAACGAGGAGAGGAAGCGAUGGGCGCUGGAGGUAGUCCAGAAGGCGCUGGAUGAGUUGAAGGACGCGCCAAGUUAUUGA